AUGGACCACCCUCAAGGAGAGAAAGAGACAGUCACUAUCUUGUUGCUUGGAGAUCCAGGAUGCGGCAAAUCUACAUUCAUCGCUGCCUUGAGGAACAUCCGAGGUCAGCCUAGGGAACAAGCCCAGAAUGGGCUGACGGACUUGCCGCGAGACAGCGAGCAGCCAUUUCUCUUCGACAUCCGGUUCUCGAAGAAAUCAUUCACUCUUGAGUUGUAUGACACCGCAAGUCCGAAUCAGCAUUGGUCGACCUUGCAGCCGGAUGUUGUAGUGUUGGCAUUCGAUAUCUCCAACCGGGAGACGCUGGAUAAUAUCAAAAAACGAGGUCAAGGGGAACGAGCGCCCGUCAUGCUGGUGGGAUUGAAACGAGAUCUCAGGAAAGAAGGAGAAGGCAUCAUCUACCCCCAAGAAUCAUAUCGCAUCGCGCAAGAGCUGCGCUGUGAUCGAUACGCGGAAUGCUCCGCCGUUACUGGGGAGCUUUUGGCCGAGACCUUUGAAGACCUAGCAAGACUUGCGGGUAUGACUACGACCGAGGUUGGUGGACAGACGCAGGGAGGAUGUGUGGUCUGCUGA